AUGUGCGGACCAGACAACUCAGGCCGUCCCCGUGGAGGCGCCCUCGCCGUGUUGCUCCCGACGCAGACAGCACUGGACCAGUGUACCGGGCUCAAUGCCGACCUUUCGUUCUUCUCACCGAGCAGCCAGCGCAGCAGCGAAGCAACCCAUAUCCAAUUGACAAUCGCCAACGACGCGUCACAAUCGGAAACAGACGAACUUUUUGUCAUGGUGCAGUACAGUGCCUCUGAAUGUGGGCUCAUGUGUACGAUACCACUGCAAAAAUCGGGGAAUUCGUCGACGCGGACACAUGCAGAGAUUGAGCUCCCUGAACCGCUCUCACUUACGGUGGGUGGUGACGGGAUCAUCGGCCGGCGGGUGUCCUUGUGCUGUCGCGACGACCUCGACGAGAAGACCAUUGUCGCCGAAGGGAUCGUGGGGUACAACUUCUCAGAUCAGGUGCAGGCAUCACUCUGA